UAGAGAGAGAGAGACGAGGCUGAGGAUCAGAGACCCUCAGUGAUGCUCAUAUGCAUCUGGUUUUAUAGUGAAUUAUUAUGGGAAUUCAUUUAUGCUCGUUUCCGAUCCACGUGCGUGCUCUUGAAUAACACUCGUGAUCCGGUUUCAUCGGCUGGGAAUAAACUUUCACAUUCCGGUUGUUAUUUAUCAGCAUUUAUCCAUAAGGACAAAGCGGAUCUGGUGGAUCACAGGUUUGGGUGGCAGAAAUGAGGGAGAGGUUCGCGUUUCAUCUUCUCAUCUUCGUGUUGACGCUGUUUUGGCACACCAGGUCAGUGUCCGCAGAUGCCACAACAGAUGCCUUCAAAAAUAACAUCACCCUGUUCACACGCAUCCUGGACCGGCUGCUGGACGGCUACGACAACCGGCUGAGACCCGGACUGGGAGAUCGAGUUACCACAGUGAAGACCGACAUUUACGUCACCAGUUUUGGCCCUGUUUCAGACACAGACAUGGAGUACACCAUCGACGUCUUUUUCAGGCAGAGCUGGAAGGAUGAACGGUUGAAGUUUGAGGGACCGAUGAACAUUCUGCGUUUGAACAACCUGAUGGCCAGUAAGAUCUGGACUCCAGACACAUUCUUUCACAAUGGGAAGAAAUCUGUCGCACACAACAUGACCAUGCCCAACAAACUGCUGCGGAUUCAAGAUGACGGCACCCUGCUGUACACCAUGAGGUUGACAGUGCAUGCUGAGUGUCCGAUGCAUCUUGAAGAUUUCCCCAUGGACUUCCGCUCCUGUCCUCUCAAAUUCGGCAGCUAUGCUUACACAACGACAGAAGUGACGUACACCUGGACAAAGAACGCAUCCAACUCUGUGGUGGUAGAAGAGGAGAGCUCUAGAUUAAACCAAUUAAACCAGUAUGACCUACUGGGGCAAACCGUGGGGAACGAAACCAUCAGAUCCAGCACUGGUGAGUACACGGUGAUGACAGCCCACUUCCACCUGAAGAGGAAGAUCGGUUAUUUUGUGAUUCAGACCUACCUGCCGUGCAUCAUGACCGUCAUCCUUUCCCAGGUGUCCUUCUGGCUGAACCGAGAGUCUGUUCCGGCCCGGACUGUUUUUGGUGUGACCACUGUACUGACUAUGACCACUUUGAGUAUCAGCGCCCGUAACUCCCUGCCAAAAGUCGCCUACGCCACAGCCAUGGACUGGUUCAUCGCAGUGUGUUACGCCUUUGUCUUCUCUGCCCUGAUUGAGUUCGCCACCGUCAACUACUUCACCAAGCGGGGCUGGGCUUGGGAUGGCAAGAGUGUGGUCAAUGACAAGAAGAAGGAGAAAGCUUCAGUCAUCAAGAAGAACAACGCCUAUGCCGUCGCCGUGGCGAACUAUGCCCCCAACAUCACCAAGGACACCGUUCUCCCCACCAUCGCAAAGGGAAGCGUAGCUGAACAGGGUAAGGCCAAAGCUGACGGGAAACCAGCCGUGGCGAAGAAAACCUUCAACAGUGUGAGUAAAAUCGACCGCAUAUCCCGUAUCAUGUUCCCAGUUCUCUUCGGGACAUUCAACCUGGUUUACUGGGCAACGUAUUUGAACAGAGAACCCGUGAUCAAAGACAUGGUGCCCUCUUAUUAGACGGUGUCCAGGGUUGUGAUGGGUUCCAUUAAACAGGACUAAAGACUAGGCCAAAACCACCCAGGGACUGAAUAUAAUCACGCUCCGAUGCUCUUUCCCAUCUGCUCCACACAGAUGUGUCGUGGAUUGUUGCAAGAUGCCUUUCUAUCUCUCUCUAUCGCUCUUUUCUACAGCUUUUGCAGCAGUGCUUUUGAAAUGACAUUUGCCUUUGUACAUAUGUACGUAGUAAAAAUGGCGUGUUAUGUUUGGUUUGACGUGUUUCGUUCUGUGAGAAUCUGAUUUUGGACCUCUAUCUGUGAUAUAGACUAGCAAAUUAUAGUGAUUGAUUGAUUGAUUGAUUG